CAACACCUCCGGAUAGAACGUCUCCUUCCCGUUUGUAGCACCGUUACAGGACUCUAGUUUAUCUGAAAAAGAUAACUUGAAGCGUUGUAAAUCUUCAUUCACACAGGUGUCGGCAUGGAUGUCUCAGAGGAGUCCCCGCAACUAGCUGUAGGCAGAUGUCUUCUGGACAAUUGGGUUGAAGAGCGAGCCACUGCUCAACUUGACACCUCCACUCCAAGAGAAAGCCUCUACAAAAAGGGUCACAAGGGAAUUCUGACAGUGGACGACACAGCCAAAGUUCAAGGAACGAGUACCAUCAAAUCUUCUUACAUCCCUCCAAGAGGCCCCGGUGUAAGAGAAAGAGGCCGACGGGGAGAACUGCUGGAGAGAGAGCUGUUUCAGAAAAUAAGUGAGCAGAUUCAGUCAGAGCUGAACCCAGAGCCUCCAGCCCCAGACUUCAGUUCCACCACCCACACAGACUAUAUGGCGGAGGGUUUCCAGUGCUCCGGCCCCACCCUCGCUCAGAUGUACGAGUCUAAAGCCGAUCAGGCCAUAUGCUUCUGGAAUGAGAACCACAACUGUCUUCAGGGUGUCACAGCUGCCAAUAACAAGGAUGCUCCAUUCAGGAAGAACUGCUCCUUCAGCAAGCCAAUCAGCGAGCAGUUGGACCAUGCCAUGCUAUAGGCACUCCAAACAUCCUCUGUCUGUUAGAGAUCUCUGUCUUGGUAUUCAAAACAGUAGUAUUAAUUCACGCACACAGUUGUUUUUUCAUACUUUUUUUCUCGUUUUUGGCUGUCGUUUUUAUUAUGCAAAUAUAUCCCGUUGGCUGUCACUGUC